UCGCGCAACUAAAUUGCUUUACGUCUUCCAGCAGGCUGCUUUGCGGCUCUCCUCCCCAUCCGAGUUGAUUUACGGCUCCUCCUCCUGCUUUUUCAAAUCUGCCCCUCACGUCCUCCCGGCUCCCUGAGGCCAAUGCUGGCAUUGGACCUUCUUCCCAGGGUGCCCUUGCACUUCCUUCCCAGUUUCCUCUGCGCAUCCUGUCGCUUACGUGCUGCCGUACGAGGUUCCCUGCGUGCACUGCGCGCUGCCGGAGGCGCAGACCAACCAGGGUCACUAUGUCUGGGGCUGGGGAGGCAGCACUUGGAGCACAUGGCAACCAUUCCCGCUGUGUGGGCGGCAGCACUGUGUUGUGCUUUGGACAGUGCCAGUACACAGCGGAGGAGUACCAGGCCAUCCAGAGUGCUCUGAGGCAGAGGCUGGGCCCGGAAUAUAUCAGCAGCCGCAUGGCUGGGGGAGGCCAGAAGGUGUGUUACAUUGAGGGUCACAAGGUCAUUAGCCUGGCCAACGAGAUGUUUGGGUACAACGGCUGGGCGCACUCGGUCACACAGCAGAAUGUGGAUUUCGUUGACCUCAACAACGGCAAGUUCUACGUGGGAGUCUGCGCGUUUGUGAGAGUGCAGUUGAAGGAUGGCUCCUAUCAUGAAGAUGUGGGCUAUGGUGUUAGUGAGGGCCUCAAGUCCAAGGCCUUGGCGCUGGAGAAGGCGAGGAAGGAGGCAGUGACCGAUGGGCUGAAGCGAGCACUCAGGAGUUUUGGGAAUGCACUUGGAAACUGUAUCCUGGACAAAGACUACCUGCGGUCCCUGAAUAAGCUUCCACGCCAGUUGCCUCUUGAUGUGGACUUGAGUAAAGCAAAGAGACAAGAUUUUGAACCAUCUGUGGAACAGGCAAGAUAUAACAGCUGCCGACCGAACACGGCCCUGGCACCUCCACGACCACAGGAGGUGACCUCCCCCUGCAGACCAGGCCACCCAGAUAAUCCCCACCUUGUGACACAGGGGGACAAGGACAGCAGCUCCCGAACCCCGGCCUGCUCCGCGGAGAGUGACACCACCCAGCAGCGGAAGCUCCGGCAGCAGCAGCUGCAGCGGCAGUUCCGGGAGCAGAUGGAGAGACAGCAGCGAGUGCAGACGUCCUCCCCGCCCGCGGAGACCGAACGUGAGGUGGCGCUGCCCGCCCCGCCCGUGACGCACAGCACUCCCAAACCUGCUGACUCUGACCCGGGCCCGGAGGAAGACUCCCUUGCAGAGAACCUGGACCUGUGGGAUGAGACUCCAGACAUCCUGGACAAUGUUGUCAAGCCCUUGCCAAGAGCAGCACCAGCCCAGACGUCUGCCAUGCCAGCCCCGAACGAUCUGGAGCUGGAGACCUGGAACAAGGACCCCAACGGCCUUUGCCACCAGAAGCCACAAAUAAAACCUGCACCCCAGCACCCCCAAAGUCACGACACUAACCAGCAUGUAACAGACUGUGCAUCGCAUAGGAACAGCCGGGACAUGAAGAAAAGGAAAUGGGACCCGUCCUGAGACUCAGGCCACACGCCUGGACUUCGUUACCGAGCGGCUUUGGGAGCUACUUUUGAGUCAUGAACUUGUUCAUCCCCGAGGAAUGGACUGUUUCCACGGGUUCACACCGGGGUUCAUCCUGAACCUUCCCAGGGGAUCUGUCGGAGCCUGCUGCAGAGAAAGCCGAGUGCCUGAGGAUGUCACACGCGGCAGUGGUGGGGUGGUGGUGGGGAG